GUCAUGAGUAUAUCAACGCUAUUUGUAAUAUCAUAGUUCAAUUAUAAGUAUACUGGGAAUUGGGAUUGGUGGUGGGGAAAAUGUUUUCAAUCUAUCUUGUUAGUUCAUUAAAAGUAGUACAGGACGAAGUAUCCAUCCGCGUCCAUUCAAGUUAAGUACUCAUAAAAAUGUUAAUAUUCGCGAAUUAUCAGCUCAAUUAAAAACGUCAGUGUGAUAGAUUUAAAAGAAAAAAAAACAUUUCUCUAAAACUUCAGACCUCAGACAGAGAUCUUGUAACAUUCCCCUAUCUGAAGUCGGACAAAAAAUAUGCGUAAGCCAAGCUACAACAACACUUUUAAACGCUUCCCAACCACGGUUUUAUGAUAAAGAUGUUUUUAUUUGAUCGGAAGAUAAAAAGUUACAAACUCUUUGGAUUAAUAGUCUUUACUGUCCUAAAACAUGAAGCGAAUGUCAAUUAAUCUAAACCAAGGUAUUUCAAAAAGAUAAGAUAAGUAUAUUUUCAAAAAUGUUAUCAGUGUAUUUAAAUUUUCAUGAAAACGAAACUAGUAAGUAACUAUUUUAUGACUAAUUUUAUAAUAUGACUCUGUUUCCCGUUUUUAUGAGGAGUUGAAGUGGCAUUAUCCUUCCUAUCGUCGUAAGUAUUUCUUGGCAUCCUUCCUCUUUCAAGUCAUCCAAUCCCACCGUCUCUCAUACAUCUCCGAGCUCAUUCAAUUCAAAUCCUCUGUCUUCUGAUUUAUACGUAAGAGCCCGUCAAUCCAAAACCCUUCCUACCUUUAAAACCCGCCUGUUAAAUCAUUUCUUAUCCAUCCAGUCCUCAUAAAAUUGUAAAUAGUUACUACUGUAAAUAUGUAUAUAAAUUAUUAGAUCAUUCUUCAUUAUUUUUACUUCAUGUUUAUUUUAAUUUUUUUAUUAUUAUUAACUGAUUUAAAUUAGAAAGUAACUUAUAAUUUCUUUUAUUAUUAUUUUUUUGACUAUUUAAUUAAACUAUAUUCUUGUUUAUGUAUCUCUGAGGCUCCUUAGCCACAUUUUUGUCUUUCUGUAUUAUUCUAAAGGGACUCGUCCCAGAAUAAAUAAAGCAUUAUUAUUAUUAUUAUUAUUAUUAAUUUCAUCAGUUCUAAUCACUCCUGAUUGAAGUACAUUGUGAAGAAGAUACGUAUUGUUUAUGCAGAUGGGUUUAAAUAAAAAAGUUAGAUAGCAUUACUCAACCUAAAUGUUAAUGAUUUAUAUUAUUAUUUAUCAGUUUGUAUGACGAUAAUGUAUCACAAAUAGCAAGAUGACAAUCGAUGUGUACUUAUAGUUUAAUAUAUUUUUUUUUUCGUUUUCUGACUGUGGGUCACAGAAAGUGAUUUCAUUUAGUUUGUUCAUCCUAAAGUGAGAAUUCUGGGAACCUGACAUUAUUCAGGUGUAUCUCAUUGGUGGUCGUUAUAGAUAAAAAGAUGAGUGGUUAUAAUUAAUAUAUAUAUAUUAGAUUGAUGCAGCACGCUGAUGUUUAGUUACAAUGCUGGCGGCCGUGCUGUGUGUUGCGGCCUUGGGGCACCUCGUCCUAGGAGAGAGCCCCCAGGUCAUCACCUCCUAUGGUACCAUGAAGGGGCAGGUCCUCAAGUCUAGGGAUGGCAGGGAAUUCUCUUCCUUCACUAGGAUACCUUAUGCCAAGCCACCUGUCGGAGAGCGGAGGUUCAUGAUCUCGGAGAAAGCAGAUAAUUGGACUGGGAUAUUGGAUGCAACUCAACCCAUCCCAUCAUGUUACCAGACCCUGUUCCCUUUUGGUCAAGGAGCCGCGGGACAGGAAGAUUGCCUCUACCUGAAUAUUUUCACACCAAAUGUGACAGGAAGAUUGCCAGUAAUCUUCAACAUACACGGAGGUGCGUUUAAGCAAGGUUCUGCUGGUGGUUUGGAUUACGCCAAUUUUUUUAUGGACGAAGAUGUUGUCUUCGUUUCUACUAACUAUCGGCUUGGAACAAUGGGCUUUCUCAGUUUGGAAGACGACGUCAUACCUGGGAAUAUGGGUCUUAAAGACCAAGCUCUGGCUUUGGAAUGGGUUUACCAAGAAAUCAGUGCAUUUGGAGGGGACCCGAAUUUGAUAACCGUUAUAGGUGGUAGUGCUGGUGCUGUAUCUGCGCACCUUAUUUGUGAAGUCCCGAGAACGAAUGGUCUUCUCAAAGGCUGUAUCUCUCAGAGCGGAGACGGAUGGGCACACUGGGCAAUUUUGGAACCUGGUUCGGCUCGAAAAAUGGCGUUGAAAAUGGCUAAAAAAGUAGGUUGCAACGAAACGGGAGAUCUACUUCGAUGUCUCCAGAGUAAGCCAAUUGAACUUAUUGGCGACGUUAAUUUGUUGCAAAAUAACUCUCAAGCACUGACUCUUGUAUCUCCAGUUUUGGAGCCAGCGAAUGCCCCAGGAGCAAUACUGACGAGCUGGCCCACGAAGGUAAACCACCACCAUCCUCGAAUCCUUGGACUCGUCCAGGACGAAGGAAUGGUCUACACUUUAUUUUACGAGUUUCACCUGGUAAGCGAUGAGGAGAAAGAAAACUUCAUUAAUGGUUUCAACCAAACUAUUAUCUCAGGUCUCCAUUUGGAAAAAAGGACAAGAGACUUUUUGAGAAUAAGGGAGAGGUUUUUUACUAAGGGUGUUGACCCUUUGUUAGCUAUACGGAAUUUUGUAACAGAAUACAUGUGGGUGUACCCGGCUUUGAAGUCCUUAAGUACACACACUGGACCAACUUAUUUUUACAAGUUCAACUACACCCAAGGACCACCAUUUCCCUUUGGACAUCCUCCAGAUCAUCCAGGAGUUCCACAUGGCGCAGAAGGCGCAUACUUUUUCCCCGGUAAUACUUCAACAGGUUGGCCUAAACCUGAAGAUAUUAAAUUAUCCAAAAUGUUGAUCAAGAUGUGGGUCAACUUCGCCAGGAAUCAAAACCCAAGCAGUCCAGAGAUGGUACAGUGGCCUCAAUUCCAAGGACAAAACUUCUUGGAUAUACAAGACUCAGGAGUUACUGUAGGGAAUUAUACCCAAUAUCAAGAGAUACUCGAUUUCUGGCAGAGUAUUUUUCCGGAUCAGCCUUCAAGUUCGUCAACGAUUCAGUCAUCGUUAUUGUUUAUAGCGACUUUAUGCAUCAUUACCACCUUAAAAGGACUAUUUGCUUAAGAAUGAGAAUUUUAAAGCAUGGAAUUGUAAAUAUGUUAUAUAAAAAUAAAUGCUUAUAGUAGAUUAUAAUGAUGAUUGAAACUAUAAUGUAAUAUAACUUAACUUAAAUUUUUAUGAAAAAUGUGCUUAGUGUUUGUUUAAUAAAACUAUUUAUGAACAUCAUAUUUUUAUCACAUUUAUUGUAUCAAUAAUUAUAAUUAGAAAUAAUAAAUUAAAAUUAAGAGUGAAAACGAAUUUUCAUACUGAAAUUGUACGUUUAUUUCGAU